UGUCCGAGAACAACCUGCGGUGUAACGUUACUGAAAUGGGAGAGAGAGGAAGAAGAAGAAGAAGAAGAAGAGGGAGUGAACAGAAAGAAAGGUUACUAACAAGGUGAUUCUUCAGCCUAACCUACAUUCAUACCAGGUUUGCAUUCUGGCCUGCAAGCCCAUGUAAGUCGUGUUGAGUGACUGCGUGUGAAAGAGGGACCAUCACUAUCCUCAUGUCCAAUGGAGGAGGCUUUCAUGGACGCACUGAGCGUGUCCGCCAGGCGCCCUACUACGACCAGGUACCCCUGGGCUCCUUACCCCGAGACCGAGACUCGUACGAGUCACUGAGCGAGCAAAGAGCACCUCAUCUUACUCACAGCAGCAACCCCCUCCCACCCCCGCCUCUGCCAGAGCAUCCUCCCGUGGGGCCGGAGUUUGAUCCCAGCGGCAGCGAGGACAACAGCAACCCCCCUGACCACGACCCCGCCAUCGACAUCAAACCGGUCCACCGCUUCAUCCCCGACUCAUGGAAGAACUUCUUCAGAGGGAGCAAUCGCAGCAGUAACAAACCGUGGUCCAUGCCUGACUCCUCCGUUAACAACAACAAUAGCACCUCUGGGGGGGUGCGCUGCUCUCCUCCUCACUCUCCCUCCGUUCCCGGAUCGUACCGGGAUCCGUAUGGAGGCUCGGGUGGCAGCUACAACUCCAGGAAGGAGCUCCUUGACGUACACGAUCCACAAGAGUCUGUGUCGGGGCGCACGUACCGCACAGGGCUGACCUACACCGAGCGGGUGGAGGAGUACCAUCAGCGCUAUGCCUUCAUGAAGUCCUGGGCAGGACUGCUGAGGAUUCUGGGCUGUGUGGCGCUUCUCCUGGGAGCUGCUGUGUUUGCCUGUGUCUGUGCUUACAUCCACAAAGACAAUGAGUGGUUCAACAUGUUUGGAUACUCUUCACCUGGGGGAGCGUACGGAGGAGGUUUGUACGGCUCCGGCACAGGUGGGUCCUACUACACGGGCCCCAAGACCCCGUUUGUGUUGGUGGUGGCAGGGCUGGCUUGGCUGGUUACUGUGAUCAUGUUAGUGCUGGGGAUGACCAUGUACUACCGCACCAUCCUGCUGGACUCCUCCUGGUGGCCACUGACAGAGUUCACCAUAAACCUGGCUCUGGCAGUGCUGUACAUGGCAGCAGGUAUUGUCUACGUCCGUGACACAACUCGCGGAGGGCUCUGCUCCUUCCCAGUGUUCAACAAUGGCAUCAACGGGGCGUUCUGCAGAACAGAGGCCGGCCAGACUGCCGCCAUCAUCUUCCUCUUUGUCACUAUGGUUGUUUAUCUGAUUGGAGCCAUCGUGUGUCUCAAGCUGUGGAGACAUGAAGCUGCACGCAGAUACCGCGAGAAGCACGGUCAGGAGAUGCUGUCUACUGAGAGGGGAGCUGCUCAUUUAUUGGAUGCUGCUCCUGCUCCACUUUCCAAAACUCCAAUCCAAGCCUCCGCAGUUCCCAUCCUGACUGCUCCAAAAGUAGUUUCAGCAAAGGGAGCUUUUUUACAGGGAGCUAUACCAUCAGGGCACAUCCCAAAACCUGUCAUCGUUCCGGACUAUAUCGCGAAAUAUCCAACGAUACGGACAGACGAGGAGCGGGACCAGUACCGAGCUGUGUUUAACGACCAGUAUGCAGAGUACAAAGAGCUCCACUCAGAGGUGCAGGUCACCCUCAAAAAGUUUGAUGAGAUGGACGCCAUGAUGAGCAGUCUGCCCCAGCACCCUACCACCCAGAUGGAGGUCGAUCGCAUCAACAGAAUCCUUCAAGAUUAUCAGAGGAAGAAAAAUGAUUCUACGUUCCUGGAGAAGAAGGAGCGCUGUGAGUACCUGAAGAGCAAACUGUCUCACAUCAAACAGAAGAUCCAAGAAUACGACAAAGUCAUGGAAUGGAACGACGGCUACGACUAGACUAGACCUCUGUGGCGUCUCAACACGGCCGUUACAGAACUGAUGUCGAUGACUCUGCAGAUGCUGGUACUGAAAAUAUCAACAAACCACAGGGUGAGACUCAAACAUGACUUCAGGAUCAGCAUCAGGGGCUUCCGUCUGCUUUGUCUUUUUAAAUCUGUAUAGCUGCUGAGUUUAUUAAAGCCCUCAUAUAGAUCCAAAGGGGUAGGACAUCUUGUUCUUAAAGGGAUAGUUAUGCAUUUUGGGAAAUAGUCCCCCAGAGUUAAUUAGAAAUAGCCUAGAACAAAUACUAAACAUUUUUUAAGGUCCUGACUGUUCUUAUUCUGGUGUAAAAAUAACAAUGAGCUAGUUAUAUCACUAUUUUCAGAUGACCAUUCAAAGCACUUUACACUAUAGUUUUGCUAUUCAUCCAUUCACUCACACAUGUAUACAGCCCAUCUACAUUCAGCCUUUUGUUCUAUCACAUGUCUCCGCUGCUGGCACAGUCGUCAGGGGAGAAAUUUAGGGUUACAUUCCUGUAUACAUGUAGACUAGCGGAGCUAGUGAUUUAAGCCCUGACCUCCCAGUUGGAAGACAGCCCACUGAUCCAUGACCAAAAUUAAGUAAAGAAGCGAAGAAGAAAAUGUGACACCAGGCUUAUUUGUUGCUGAUUUUGUUAUUGCUGGAAAGAGCCUAGCACUUUUCUGCUGGUUUUCAGUCUUGAUGCUAAGCUAAGCUAAUGCUUCCCAACGUGUGUGUAUGUGUGUGUAGUGCUACCACUAUCUGUGAAUUUAGGAGUAUCUGAUGUGAAUGUUUUGGCUCUACAUGGUGGGAGAUGUUGCUAGUUGGGCGGCACAGGUCUGGUUCAGAUCCAGGUCCAGCUCCUUUUCAAGUCUAUUUACCUUUCUGUCAGUCUUAUUAACUGUCACCUGUCCAAAUAGAUUUCACAACAUCCCAGCCUGAAAAACCACUAUUUGCUCAGACAAAUCCCAUGUUGUUGUUUGCUUGAACUGCUGUGGUGAUUGUUUGGAUUGUUUUAACUGCUCACUGUGUCUCGUAUGGUUGUUUUUUUAUAUAUACUGUAUGCAGCUGAAUCUACAACUGUGCAUGUCCUAUAGUAUGUGCUGUUGUGACCCUGUCCUUCCAUUUCAUAGAUUAAACAUGUUAGACCUUUGUUGAUACUCAAGAAUCCUCAGUGCUUAAACAUCUCCAUGUCUUUGGCUUUACAAAACUGUAAACACUGAAUUUCUUUGUUGAAUGAAAAUACUGAUCUAAUUGUGUCUGCCUUGUGUGAGUGUGUGUAACUGUAAUAUUUUUGCUGUAAAUGUCCACAUUUCAUAAUUUAAAUGACUGAUUUGCUGCUUUUUUUGUUCUGUAAAUACAAUUCUGCUUAUGAAUGUGAA